UUGAAUGAAUUAAAGAUGUAUAGAGUCAGAAUUAUAAGUUAUUUCAGAUUUAACUUGCUGGUUCUUGUGUGUACGUGUAAUAAAGUUUAUUUUUGGAUUGGUUGUGAUACUCCUACUGUGAUUAUGAACAUGAACCUGAACGGAAUGGUCUCGAUGUGGAAGGUGAGAGAGCUGGUUGACAAAGCGACCAACAUUGUGAUGAACUAUACAGAGACAGAAGCCAAGGUCAGGGAGGCAACUAAUGAUGAUCCCUGGGGACCAUCAGGCCAACAGAUGCAGGAAAUAUCAAAUUUUACCUUUGCCUACGAAGCAUUCCCUGAAGCUAUGGGGAUGCUUUGGAAACGGAUGCUCCAGGAGAACAGACAGAAUUGGAGGCGAGUGUAUAAAUCUCUACUGCUGCUGGAUUAUUUACUAAAGAAUGGAUCGGAGCGUGUUGUAACUUCAGCCAGAGAACAUCUAUACGAUCUUAGGUCUCUAGAAAACUAUACUUUUGUUGAUGAGAUGGGGAAGGAUCAGGGUGUAAACAUCAGACACAAGGUUACAGAUAUGCUGGACUUUAUACAGGAUGAUGAGAGGCUACGUGAGGAUAGAAAGAAAGCGAAGAAGAACAAGGACAAGUAUGUUGGAAUGUCAAGUGAUUCUAUGGGAUUCAGGUCUGGAGGUGGAGGGGGAGGCUGGGAAUCUGAUUGGAAAGGAACUACUGGAGGAAACUUUGGAUCUUCGUCAGGGAGAAAAUAUGAUAGCGACGACGAAGACAAAACGAGUGAGAAAUCAGCACCCGGAGCAUCAGACUUUAAAGAUGAAGAUGAUUUUUCUAAGAUUAGAUCAUCUCUACCUAGUAAACCCAGCGGGGGGUCAACUUCAGAUUUUAAAUCGACAAGCGCUAAAACUGGAAAAUCCGGGAGACCGAUAAAGAAGGUUGAUCUAGGAGCAGCUGCAGUCUUUGCAGCUAAAACCCACGAGGAAACAAAUCAGCAGCGUUCAGUAAAUGCGGGAAAAAACGACAAAAUGGUGGAUUUAUUUUUCUCUGAAAGUGGACCUAAACCAACUCAACCAGAUCAUGAAAUUGACGAUUUUGAUCCUAGAGCCAGCGAUUAUGCACCUAUUCAAGACGCCUUAGAUGGUGACUCAUUUUCUAGCAAUCAGAAUGAUUCUAACGGCGGAUUUGCCGAUUUUUCCUCCGCCUUUGAGGCUCAGGAAUCCAAUGUUAAGCAGGAGGUAGGAGAAGAUUUGUUUGGUGGAUUUAAUACUACUCAACCAAGCUCUGCAGGACUUGAUCUUUUCUCAGGAGUUGAUCUUCCUGCCCCAGUUCCUUCUCUUCCAGUUCAACCUUUAGCUCAAACAUUUUCAUCCGUCCCAACUCAAGCUAACCCAACUAACCCAGCCUCGUCAAUGGAUCUACUAGGUGGGCUGGACUUUGCCACACCUUCUUUUCCUCCGAUGGGUGCACCGCAGCUAAUGGGUGUGUCCCAACCUGUAAUGAGUGGGCAAUUUAUGGGACAGCCAGCAAUGGGACAAUCAGUGAUGGGCAUGCCUGGGUUUGGAAUGAUGAGUGGAGUAGGUCCAUCUUCUUUACCUCUGCAGCCUGCCAGCAGUGCCUUGUCAGCCCCUAAACAACCAAACGGUCAGCAGAUGAAUGGGAAUAGUGUUCAUGUUGGUAGUACAUGGCAGGAUCUAGGGAACUUAAACAAUUCUUUGUUGAACUUCAGCCUGGAUAAGGAUAAGAAGAAGACGAGCAGUGUACCCAUGAACUCAAUGUCAGCCCCUCGUCCUACCAUUCCUCAAACACAGACGAUCCUGGGUACAAAUGUUCCAUCACAGACAACUCAGCAAUCCUUUGCUGGAUUAGACUCACUGCUCUAACCAGUUAUCAGCAUUUAGCACUCCAACCUCCCUCCACCGACUACCCAGCUAUCAUCAUUCAACACUCCAACCUCCCUCAAGUUGUUGAACAGUUAUCAGCAUUUAGCACUCCUACCUCCCAGCGGCCACUAAUAACCAAUUAACAAACAUCAUUGAGGAUCCAACCUCCCUCCGGCUUCUAACCAGUUAACAUCGUUCAGCACUCCAACCUCUCUCCAGUCUUUAACCAGUUUCAGCAUUUAGCACUCCAACCUUCCUACGGCCACUAACCAGUUAUCAGCAUUCUGCACUCCAACCUCCCUCCGGCCAUUUAACAUUUAUCAGCACUCCCCCAUCACUUCGCAGCAACCUUUAACCCUUUAACAAACACAAUUCUAGAUUUCUACUGAACAACUUCUGAAUCACUUUCAACCUUUGAUCCAUUGCAUUUCUAAGUUUAAAACAUUCUCCUUCGCCAUAUCCAUGUCCCAUGGCAAUCACAAUAUGUUAGGAAAAAUCCAUUUUGCAUUUUGCAUAUAGUCGAUUACUUUAAAAUUUUAUUUAUUGAUUGCCUUAAGUUUUUGUUUUUCCAAACGUUGAAACUAACAGCCUGGGAAAAUAUACCUAUGAAUUCUAUUUCAUCAGGGAGACAUCUAGUGGUUAAUUUUUGAUGAAUCUUUUUAGACCUGGCGCCAAUUGAUCAAUGAGGUUCCAACCGCUGAUAUUUAUCAUUGAACCCAUUUGUAGAUUCAGUAAUAAUAUCAACAGUCCAGUGAUAAGCAGAUCCCGUGCAGUGAAAAUGAGCAAAAAUAAUUGACUAUUCUAAUUGCAUAAUACUAAAAAAAAUAGUGUUUAUAAAAAUGUUACGAAUUAUAAAAAAUUUGAAAAUUGUUUGCAACUUAAAAAGCCAGUUUUUGAAUUAAGGGUCUGCUCAGAUAUUUUUGCAUUACAAAAUAUCAUACUCUUGAUAUCUCCCCCUGAUGGUCAAAUAUCUGAACAUUCACUUUAUUUUGUCAUUGUUGGAGGAGUACAACAACACAAACUAUAAAUGUGAUAAUUUAAAAAAUGAAAUGUUUUAAAACCUGAGUUUGAGAUUCGGCAAACUAUGAACUAAAGAAUGCAAGCGAAGGUUUUCUACUGGUCUUAUUUUCCAGUCAAUUUUAUCAACUAUCCGAAGGAAUGCAGUUUUUUAUCUGAAAACAUUGGAACAGGG